AUGGGUCGUACGGCAAGGAGAAACAGCGAGCAAGAACUCUUCUUCAGUAGACAGGCAAGUCGAAAGAAAAAUAACCUUUGCGCAAAGUGUAAGAAAGAAGAAAGUUUUGAUGGUCGUUGGAUACGAUGCGACAAGUGUACCUUAUGGUACCAUACGGCAUGUGUAAGAAUUCAACUCAAUGAUAACGGUGAGUUCUACGGUGACUACUAUUGUCAAUUGUGUACUGGUGUUCCAGAUCCAAUUGUCCAAGAAUUUCGCCCGAGCGAAGAAGAUUGUGAACCAAAUAGUAGACUUUCCCCUUCUUCGUCAACCUCCUCUUCAUCAGGUGCAAGUGGCCCACCUACCAAAAAGUUCAAAACCGGGUCUUCACACCCCACACCUACACAAUUCCCACUAUCUCCAUCCACGUCCACACCUAUGGAAAUGGAAAUCAUGAAAUGUGAAAUGGGCAAAAACAAUAAACAUAAUCACAACUUAAAUCACAUUCAUCACAAUUCCAACAAUAAUAAUGAUCAUGGUGUUGAAGAAACGCCGAAGAAAAAAAAGUGUAAAUUACAAAAACAUGAAUCACCUCUUAGGCCUAGUAACGUAAACGUCGAAAUUCAUCGUUUAUUUGAAACAUCAAAAUUUUUAAUCCCAGAUAAACCGAUAUCACGACCUUACGACUGGCCAAAUCCUGUUCCCUACUCUCGUGCCGUUAUUAGGAUGAGUCAGAUACGCGAAUUUAUUCUAACGCACUGUCCGAAGGCCGCAGCAGUUGGAAUUAUCGAUGACUCACAAGAACACAAACCUAAAUCAUUACAGAUUGCAGAGGAUUUGUGGAAAAAAUUGGAUUCACUUGAACAAAAAUAUAAUCAGCAUAAUCAGGUUUAA